UUUUGAAGACGAAAUUCGAGCCGUUCAAGAAAAAAAUGAUGUUCACACUUCUUUGUGUAUUCAUGUUGUUUUCGAGCGUGUUGUGUUCAAAUCAAGUAACAAAUUGUGAGUUUAUCGAUCGAAAUAUCUAUGACGUUCGUUUAUCAUGUGUUGAUUUCACCGGACCCCUUCAGCCAUUGGGAUGCUUCAAUGCUUGUUUCAAGCAAAAAUAUUUAAAAGACAAAGUGCAAGUGCUCAAAAUCGGUGACUGUCGUGGAAAUCGAUUGAAUCCAAUUCUUAAUCAAUUUCAAUAUUUGCACACAUUCAAUAUCUUCCAACAUGGCAUCGAUCUGCUACUGUCAUCAGAUUUAAAUUUUCACAAUUUACACAAUUUCAAUGCAUCACACAAUGAGCUCGUCGUUAUUUUUGCAGCAACGUUCGAAUACACACCAAAACUGACCAAGAUUGACCUGUCGUUCAACAAAAUUGUUAUGGUUGAAAGUAGGACUUUUUCGAGGCUGGUUGAUCUACAAACUUUGGACUUGAGAGCCAAUCUCAUUGAAACAAUCGCUGAUAAUAUGUUUGAAUUCAAUACAAAAUUGGAAGUUUUACGGCUUGGAAGAAACCCAAUCAGACGAUUUGAUGGAAACAUAUUUAGACCCUUGCUAAAAUCAAUCAAUAUCGUUGAUGUCACUUGGCAAAAUGUGAAAGAGCUUGACACAAGCCAUUUGAAAGGCUCGUUAAAAAUCGAACUCAAAAAGAAUGAAGUGAUUUUCGGUACACCAACAAAUAGUUCAAUAUUGCGUUGCCCGAAUGGAAGUUUUAAAAACAUGAACUACUUCAAUAUCUCCGGAAAUGAACAGCAGAACACAUUGAAACUAGUUCAAUUGUUGGGAUCAACGGUUGAAACCUUGGACUUGACCGGAAAUUACAUUGCGAAGUCGAACGAUAACAUCCUUAAUCUCGUGCAAAUACUCGGUAAAUUCAAUAAUCUUACGUAUUUGAGCGUGAGUCGCAUGAAUUUAAGUAAAAUCACUUUCGGUGGAGCGUCGCCGAAGAAAGAAUGGAAUUUAAAAACUCUCGAUUUAUCCUCCAAUCAAUUAAAUUCACUGAAUUUCGUUGGAAAAUUUGAAAAUUUGGAAAAAUUUGACGCAUCACAUAAUCGUUUCAGUAAUAUACCAGCAAAACUCUUCGACAGCUUGCCAAAUGUGACUGAGUUGAAUUGGUCAUUCAACAAAAUAGCGACUUUCGACAAUGAAACAUUUGCAAAACUGACGCAUUUAUGUUUAUUGGACUUGAGAAACAAUGAAAUUCAGUCGAUUGAUAAGAAUUUCUUCGAAAAUAACCCAAAAUUGAAGGAAUUACGUUUAGAAAACAAUCGGAUUGUUCGUUUUGACUGUAAUAUCUUUCCGAUUCUCCAAAACUCACUGAGUGAUGUUCAAAAAUCGACCAAUUUCGAAAGCGAUUGGGAAACACUUGAGGAGCUCGACUUAAGUUGCAUGGAGAAUCUGCACUUGGAACUGGACCACGAGUUCGGCGUCCUUUUAAGAGGAUCGUAUAAUUUUGUGUUUCGUUUUGCCAAGGAAACAUUUCGACAUUUGAAGUAUUUCAAUAUUUCCGGUUUGCAUUUGGAAAAUACAUCAAAGUUGCUUGCAUUGCUGGGUCCAUCGCUUCAAAAACUGGAUAUUUCUGCAAAUUUUGUCGGUGCAUUAAAUGCACACACCUUUGAAACGUUUGAGAAUUUACAAGUACUGAACGUGAGCCAAACAAAUUUAUCAAACUUUGGCUUUGAGACAUUCUAUCAUCAGCGGAAACUCUCUCAGCUGGAUUUGUCAUAUAAUCAACUGAAGAAGGUGAAUUUUACAUUAUUAUUCCGGAAUUUUAAAGAAUUAAAGACAUUAAAUUUGGAAGGAAACGAUUUGGUCGAAUUGAAUACGGUGACUCAUUUGAUUUUCCCCAAUUUGACGUCGUUGGCCAUUUCGAGAAAUCGAUUUUCGUGCGACUACUUGGCAAUAUUACUACUUCAAUGGCACAAUUUACAUCUUGUAAACAAUCCAUCCAACCAGACACACAUCGAUGGCGUUGAUUGUUAUCAUGAUAAAGGUCAAAGUAAUGAAAAACUGUCUGAAGUUGAUAAAAGUGUAGAAACAAAGACAGAAAUCACAACGGAAAUUGAACAAACAUCAACUGAGCUAAUGGAUUCCAGCGAAAAUAGUACAGAGUAUUCGACUGUAUCGGAAAUACAUAUGGAUCACUCGCAGGAAACAAAUAUUGAACAUAAUUAUUAUCUAUUAGAGUUGCGAAUUGUUGAAUUUUUAUUAGUUGUGUCUGUAGUUGUUUCUGUUGGUUUGUGUAUUCUUUUGAGGCGCAAACAGAAGACGAGAAAAAUGGAAUGCAAUUCGAAAGGAAGUAAACAAAUCGCACGCAGCGGACGAUAUGACAUUGAACUAAUUGAACAUGAUGUUUUUAAUGAAUAG